UGGCUGAGCCCAUCGCAGCGCCCCGGAGCUUGCGGACCAACCCUUUUCAAACCCGGGGCGCCGGGGCAGCCCUGGAAAUGCACACGGUGCGCCUACACAGAAAGGCCGUGUUGGUUUCAGCCAAAAUCCAUUGUAAAUCCAUUCUGAGCCGGUCAAAUUAAUCAAAAAUGUGUUCUUAUUUCGAGACAGGAGUUCCCACUUCCUUUGUGUAGUAACGCUGCUAACGCUUACUAGCUCUUCAUUAAUCAAACAUUUCACAAACAACUUUAUCUUCAGUCUUCUUUUUUUUCGGCUUCCUCUUUGGAGGAUACUCCUAUGUUGAUACCCAACCCACUGAAACCAAUUGCAAAUUAUUGGACAUCGGGAUUUCAAAAAUUAAGUUUUACACAUUGUGAAAUCCUUUCCAGUUUGCCACUGCAGAUGUCCCUCUAUUUCAAUGUUUAUUUCUUCCCAUUUUGGUGGCUCAUCACAGUUGCCAUCCUCUACCUGAAGUAUCCAGUCUUAUCAGAUUAUUACAAGUUCAUCCUGGUCACCAUCAUGAUCCUGGUCUCUCUGACAGAGCUCAUUCGACUCUACCUGGGAUAUGUGGGCAAUCUCCUGGAGAAAGUGCCUGAGCUGGCUGGGUUUUGGCUCCUGACCCUCCUCCCGCAGUUGCCUAUAAUCCUCUUCUUGCUAUUUAAUGAAGGUCUGAAAAUCCACUCUCUGGAGCGAGCUGUCCACAUCAUCUUUGCCGCCUUCCUCUCCUUCCAAGUGGUCGCAGCCUUUUUUGCCCUGAAAAGGAUGGUGAACACUCUGGCCACUCGCUUCCGCCUGACCGAGUUCCACCGCCUGGAGGAGCAGCGCCCUGGGCCUGGCCUUUCCAGCCUGGCCACAGGCAGCAGCUCCCGGGGCUGGUAGGGCUCCAGUGCUGCCCGAAAUCAUGCCCCAGGGGCCUCAGGAGGUACCACAGCCCGAGGUUGCCACGGUUCUGUUUCCAUUUUGUUGGGUCAUUCUUUGCCUUCUUGCCUCAGAGGUAUUAAAAA